AUGGCUGUUUUUCGAAGUGUUUUCAGCUAUAUCUCAAAGGUAUGUGGUGAUGAUUUGCCAUUAAUUCAUGUAACAGCUAAAUUUAACAUUCUAAAGCGUAUAAGUACAGUUUCUGUCCGAGAACUGUGAGGGACUGGAACUGUUGAAUACGUGAAACCUGCAGGGCGCAGCAGAGCACUUUGCAGAGCAAAAUUACUUUAAGUUUUGUUUUAAGUAUAGCAAUUUCCUAAUUAUAUAUUUUAUUUUAAUUUUUUAAUUUAUCUUUAUAUUUUUAUUUCUUAACUCUUCUUGAUGUGUAAAACGUGGAAGAGUAAUAAAGAAGAUGUAGAUGUAGAUGUAUCAUGAUGCGAUUUCCUCAGUGUUCUUGUAUGCUAAUGAUGUAAAGUAGCGCCAGACUUUCAUGACAUGUCCAGUUUAUGAUUGUGCAGUACAAAGUGACUACUGAAAAAUCAGUACGUUUUGAGAAUGUGGUAAGAUUUCCGUACAGCCCCAUACAUCUAUUAUGGCAAUCCCAUACCAUAUCACACAAAUAGUUUAUAUGAGUAGAGUUAAAACAUGGGAACAUGUAUGCAUAAUAAAAAUGAUUAGGCUGCAAUCAUCAUGUAUACUGCAGGGGGCAAGGGGGGGGGGGGGGAGAGGAUAUUUUUUACAGUGGCAAAAUGUUUUAAUAUCCCCUGCAUAGCAUACAGCAAUUUUUGACAACCCCCGCUCUUGACCAAAAGAAAUAUUGACAACCCUCCCACCCAGUCUUGACAAGGAAAGUAAAAUAUGGGCAAUAUGAUUAAUUGUUGCAGAGAUUAAUGUUUGAAAUAGAAAACCAAAAACAAAAGGUAGCCAAAGGUUCACAGAUUUUUGUAUUUCUAGUGUUAAGAAAGUUGUAAGAGAUUAUUAAAGCUAGCUGUGCCUCUGACUGGGAAAUUGCAUACUGGGGCCAUCAGUGGCAGCUUAGAUUCAAUAAUGAAAUGAAAUCAUCCCUAGACAGGUUAAAUUUGGGACCUAGACCAGCAAAGAACAAACCCAAGUGAAAAGAAAACAAACUAAAAAAAGCCAACAAAAAGGCAGAUGAAAAGCUAUACAACUGGUGCUAAAAUAUAUUGAAUGGCCUGAUCAGUUAAGCUUGAAAAGAAAAAGGAAUUGCAAGUCAGCCUACCUCUGAAGAAAGGUCCACAUACUUUACAUUCAGUGAAAUACAAAUCUCUCCAGAAGAAGAGAUGGAAGUUAAUUCACUAUUUUAAUAAUUAUUAAGGCCAAAUUACCAGCUAGAACAUUGCAUCACCAAGAGAAAAAAAAAGAAUAUAAAAUUUGUUAUGCAUAAUUUGUGUCAAAAUUUACUUUGGUUCAAGUGUAUUUUCCUUUCACCAAGGAAUGGUAAGGACUAUGAAAAUUAGUUUUACAAAAGAAAAAUAUAAUGAGGUCAGUGCCACUUUUCCUACUCCACAGAAACCUUAGGUUUGGUACUGAAAACUAUGUGGUCUUUUAACUCAAGCAAAAAUGCUCUUAGUAGCGUUGAGUCUUGCUUGCUUGGAGAUAAGAUAAUUGGAAAUGAGGAGGCGAUUAGACCACAAGUGGUCAUUCUUCUUUCCUCAGAGCUACCUGCGGAAAGCCAAAAAGUAAAAUUAUGCUCUUGACCUACUGUGACUCAAAAGAAAAAUAAGAGACUGCUCUCAAUCUAGGAGGCAAUUAAUUCUACAGGAAACAGGAUUUCCUCGCUAAAAGUUUUUCGAUUCCUGCUUUAUUGAUGGUCGAGUAUUCUUCAGGAUAUUUACUUUUUAUAUCGUUUUCCACGAUUCGUGUCACUGAAAAUAAACCGCAUGCUCGUCACAUACAAUGAAAGUUUACAACAGCCGACCAGUUAGCUUCACCAUCGAAGUUUUGCUCCGCUAAGUUGUUCUUUUUUUCGACCACUGAAGUUAUCACUUGUUCCAAAGUAAUCCACGCCUUCAAGCAAUAGAAUUCGUGGACCGACCUGUUCCAGAAAAAGCUCGCCAUCUUUCACAGCUUUCCAUUCUGUGGACAUGAAGUGCUGCAAGUAGAGUGCGUGAUAGUCAAGUACAUAGCUACCCAUACAAACACAUCCGUGACACAUACGUAAUGAAUAGUUGAAGGUUAAGUCAUUGAUAUCUCAAGUAUUUAUAAAGUGCAACACAACCUCACAUCUUACAGUGGUUACCACAAACACAUGCCCUCGAAGGGUUUUUUCUCUCUGUUUAACCUGAUUUUAAGUGGAUGUCAAUCAACUGUUUCCAUGGUUUUUCACGCUCUCUGACAGAGAAGGUUUCCUUAUUGCUGAAUGAAGAGUGAAGACUUACAAGAAUGAUUUGGAAUGAUGACGGCAUUUUUUAUUGUUUCAUAAGAUGAAGGAUUACAUUGAGGUCUCUGCAAGCUAAGUGAAAUAGCCAAAACUUCCUCCAUAGUUUACGUUAAGGUUUUCAGGUUGUUUAUUUAUUUGAUUGUAUGAAAACGCAGAAGUCAUGGACGAAUUACAAAGAAGUAUAAAUUCAAAGAAAUGUAAGAUAUCACACCGAAAAGGGAAAAAGUUUCCUCAUAAUGGAGGCUGUUUUUGAAAAUGAACUUUGUAACGUGCAGAUCUACUUAUCAUUCUUCAUGUUAUCGAAUAGAAUCCAGAACUAGCAAGAACUCAGACAAAUUGCAAGCGUUUAUUGAGAAAGCGUAAUAUGUGGUUGUAACUUACAGUGUGUAAAUAUGUUGAUAAUUUGAGUUUCCUUUGACAAACACUCACACAUUGUAUUCCUCAUAAUCUUGACAUGAAGUGGUGUCAGAUCGACAUAUUUUUUCAAGACAAAAAGUGCUCGAGAAAUGGGGAAAGAAUCUUUUCUAGACCAAUGAGUGAAAAACCAUGGUAACAGUUGACUGACGUCCACCAAAAGGCAGGUUUGAACCAAAGAAAAAACCCCUUUGAGGGCUCAUGUUAGUGGUUAUCGCUGUAACAACUGUGAAAAUCUAUCAAUUAAUCUGCCAUAAAAAAUCAGCUCCUCAAUGGGGUGAAUUUUAAAUUCACCUGCUUUUGAACUCUUCGCCUUUGCAACAAUGUGACUUCCUACACAAAACAGGAUUUCCUUGCUAUAAGUUUUUUGUGCACUUUUUUAUUGACAGUCAAGCAAUCUUCAGGCUAUUUACAUUAAAAUCGUUUUUGGCAAAACAUGAUCAACAUGGUGAGUCAUACAAUGAAAGUUUACAUAGCCUCACCCUCGACGUUUUGCUCAUUGAAGAUUCUUCUCUUUCUCGACCACUGAUCAGAAGUAUUCACUUGUUCCAAAGUAAUCAACGCGUUCAAGCGAUUCAAGCUCUACAUCUUUCGCAUUAAUCUUCCUAUUAAAGCUUUUCCAUGUGUGGCUUUUCGUCACACCAAGAUACUUAUCCCCAGUUUCCACGGUCUCCGCCAGGAAUGCCUGGGACCAUGAUGACCAUUUGGCAUGGGCACAUGAAAAAAAAAGGGUUGCAUUUUUAGAGUCUCGCUCUGCUUAAGCAAGCUUGACUAACAAGCAUUUAAUUUUCUCAAGCAGCUACCGAUUGUUGCUUAUUAGAAGGAAAGCUUUCUUCAGACAUUGUAUUUCUCAUUUGAUAUCCUUAAAUGACAUCGCAAUAGUAAGAAAUUUCUAUGCUAAGAAAUACCACCCGUGAUGUAAAUCAAAGAAGCUUUCUAAAGAUUUGCCGCCAACUUGAUGGCGGCAAAUCUGCAUUGGUUUGCCUGUGAUUUGAAAAGGCGAUUCAAGUGGUCAGCGGUGGGUAAAUGAAUUCAAAAUGGCAGAUUACUUACACGCUCGAGUGACCCCAAAGAGUUUUGCAAAUGCCCCUAGAGAGAUCAGCACCCACAGUGGUUUGAAAAAGGGUUCUUUUGUAGGUUAAUUUAUAGAAAAUAUGAAAAGCAACAUAAAAUUUUGGCAUCUUGGGGGCAACUUUUGACUGACUUUUUGGGAAAUUUUCAGCAUCUUACAGACAGCCCUAAAACAGACAACUUGCAGCUGUCAGUACUAUUUUUUUAUUUAACCGUAAAGACUAUGAGUUUAAGUUUUCUGUGAGUCCAUAGUUCAAGAAAAAUUCCUGCUCACCACUCCACAAUAUCUAUCAUGAAAUAGAUAGUUGACAGAGUAGACAUGUGUCUGUUAGCCAGUCAGACUGCAGAAUUCGUGAUGGUAUGCUACAGUAGCUGGUAUCUACUGAGUCAAGUUAGUUUCCCACCUGUGCCUUUCAUUUGUAAUGAAUUUGGAUGUUAACCUUAUCAAGUCUUUUUAUUUAUCGUUAUUUCUUACAGCACACAAAGUGUGUUAAACUGCCAUGGUACUUGAGUGUGAUGUCAUCAUCCUCUGCAGAGAUAGGGGAUGUAUUACUCUCUGAUACCACAGGUUAGUUUUUUGAGUUUGUAAAUGUCUAGGAAUUCCCAGCCUGCAACACAGAUGAAACUAAACCUCUGGCUAAGUCCGUCUGCAAAACAGGGUCAAAAUCCUUGUUCUUGGCCACCACCUUGUGUACCAGCACCAUGAUUGGCCUGUUGAAAAAUCCGUUGAUUUAUUGGCCAAUCAGGUUAAAGGGAAAUUGUAAAUGCACUUCCAGUAAUUGGCAGAGUCUGUUGGAACCUACGUGCUUCCUCACAGACGUUUUUACGUGGGCUAGUAUAAUACAUGGGCUAGAAUAACAUAUCUCUGCGACUCGAGAUUAAAGAUGAGUAUAAGCCUUUGAACAGAGCUUGUGUGCCUCAGAUUAUCACUUUUACCAAUCUUACUCUUUAUGUUUCCCUAUCUGCAGUCAGAAAUCACUAAAAAGGGCGGUAAGAGUUCUGAGGAUAUAACUUGACUCAAAAUUGCCAUGCCUAUUGAAGUCUUGCUUAAACUCCUUCUCGUCAUCAAAUGACGCUGCUCCUCAUUCUAGAGAAACUUCUAAGAAAACAAAAAACAAAUUGAUAGCCUGUUCCAGGCAUUCUGAUAGUGGAGGGUGGCUCGAGGUUAGUUUUCAAAAGGUCAUUCACCCCCUACCCCACCCCCUUGCUGUUUUUUUUUUCUGCUCACAUCUAUUCGCACCAUCGCCACGAUCUGAAUGCCUGGAACAGGUUAACAAAUUGAAUGAAAUGAAAUCAGCUGAAAAUCAUUUUUGUAUUUUUAUCUUAACGUUUCUCAGGUUUACAGUUAUAAACCUCUUUGUGCCAUUCUCUUCUGACUGCUUAUAGUUUGUUUUACUUGAUUUUAGCAGUCAAGAAAUCAGGGGUCCUGCACUUUUGGAGGAGGGACUAAGUUCUUGUGAAAACACUGGAUGCAAACUUUAGAUCACUUAUACCUCAAGUGAGUAUCAAGUUAACAUAUUUUAAAAAGAAGAAUUUCUAUCUUUAAAGUUCCUUUUUUUUAGAAAUCAAGGGGAAUCUGAAACCUGUGUUCCUUUGAUAAGGUUGCCUUUAAAAAAUUGUUAGGAGUGAGCUACAUGAUGAUGAUCAUCUUGCUGUUUUAACGUUGAACAUUUGAUGAAUGUUACAAAAACUAAACCAUAAAACUGAAUGUAAAUCAUUUGCACUUACAUCUUUAAACCAUGUCUUAUGAUUACAGGACCUAACUUACUAGUCUAACCGUUACUUGAACAGUCAAGAUUCAUACGUUAUCCCUCUGGGCCGAGUUGUUUGAAGCUGGGUUAAGAUAACCCACGGUUAGUGCGAGAUUUGAAUUCAGAUUUGAAAGCUUAAAAAGCAUUUCAGUUUUAAUUAUUUUUGUCUAAAAGUUGAUGAUUGGAAGCUCUAAAAAUAAUGGAGGAAAUUAUCCAAGAAAAAGCUUUUGAACACAAGAAAAGGAAAUCAGGGUUAAAUUUAACCCCGGGUUAAGCACUAAUCGGCCUUCGAACAAUUGGGCCCUGGUUAGCGUUAUAAUUAGUAUAUUUCAAAAGAGUACUUUCUUUCUUCAACAUACAUUACCGUGGCAUAAAAAAGAAACAAGAGAAUGUAGCAGGAAAACUCAACAACAUUUUAGUGUCCCUUGUGGCGGGGCAAAAAUGUAACACUUACUUUUUAGUAUGCGUACUACUGCUACAGGUACACAAUGGGUGUAUACAAAAAACCUGCUUUGAAGGAAACCAGAUUAGACCUGACAAACAUGUUUUGCUGUGAUUAAGUCAACUUUAUAAAUUAUUAGGGGAAAACGCAUAAUAUAUGAGUAACUGCCCAGAGUUGUUUCAAAAACAAAAAUAAACCAAACUAAAUAGUUUUCAGCCUUUUCUACUUGGUUCUUAAAACUUAUGUUGUAUUAUAAUCAGUAGACCUUUUCAUGCUAUUCUUAUCUGACUGUAACAAUUUUGUCAUUUUUAAUAUAGCUAUCGAAGAAAUGUUUCCUGCAAGCUUGCUACAUGUAGAGUGGUAAAGUUCUUGUGCAAGGAUUGGAAACAGGCAGCAGACUUCUCAUAUGUAAAUAUAUAUUGUAAAGAGAUUGCAUCUGUUGUCCUCUCAUCCUCAACAUUUCAUUUCAUUUCAACUUAAUCACUCUCUUUCACUUGUGUUUUGAUCUCAUUGUUUACUCAUUGUAAGUAUAAUAAGAUAUGGUUGUAAAUUUGUAAAUAUUUUUCAAUAAUGUUGUUUACAUGUCUGUAAAGCGCCUUGAACAUAGGAUAAGAGCGCUAUAGAAAUAAAGUUAUUAUUAUUAUAUUAACCCUUCCCGAUGUGUUUGAUUAGACAUUUGUUAACUGUCACAUUUUCUCCCUAACCAUAACAGAUGAGCAAUGGUUCCUUCAUGAUUGGAGUGGGAAAGCAUCGGACACAUAAAGUAGAUGUCUCUUAAAUCAGGUUAGUAUCAGAAUUUUUUAUGUUUUGAAAAUAGUCAUUUGUGUCUUAAAAAUGUUAUUCUAUGUCAGUGCUUCGAUCAGAUUGGCGUAAUAAAUUAUUUGGGGGAAUUGUAUUCCUCCUAUCCCAUUCUUUGCCAUUUUAACCCCAACAUGCAAAUUGUACAUACUGAUCUCCAUAUAUUUCUCAUAAGAAUUGAUUAAGAGAGGUGAUAAAAGAUCAAAGCUUUUCCUGUUUGGCGAUCAUGUGAUAAAUUCUCAGAACCUUUUUUCUUUAUCACCAGUAGUUAUUAAUAUUAUCCUUUAGAGAAAAUUGGUGAUGGUCACUUUACGGGUUUAAAUUAGAAAAAUUUGGCGAAUGUUUUAUUCACUGUUUGAUCUGUUUAUGUAUACUAUGAAUUAGCCUUUGGGUAUUCCUUUUUAUUUUGAGAACAUGGGAGGAUUUGAUGAAAGCUAACAAAGAAAGUCAUUGGAUCCGAUACGUUACAUAUAUACAAGCUUUUGCUGAAAGCUUCUGUUCUGUUUAGUUAAGUUAAACAAACCUGGAACCUGCUGUCAUUAACUCUUGCUUUUCCUUUUCUUUCUACCAGACUGUGGAAUUAAGGAAUCAUGGAAUCAUAGAAUCAUGGAAUCAGGGACACAAGGAAUUAGGGACUGA